AUGACUCACCUUAUCGUAUUCUACAACGACAUUUUCCUCACCCACACAUCAAGGCGUCCGGUACACCGGCGCGACUUAAAGGCAGAACCUACUUUGCCUUCAGUUCAGCUUACCUCAAGCCUGGAAUACUUCCGCUCGCAAUCUAAGCCCGAACCGCCCGAGGGCUCUCAGCGGGAACUUUGCGAUGGCCGUCGGUAUCACAAACAUCCCCAUAACUUUAUGUGCUUGUCAAAUGUUCGCUUAUCCAGUGAGGAAUUGUCCAACAAGUCUGCAGCCCAGAGUGCCACUGGCCUCCCACCGCCCCUCCCACCCUACGGGGACAUUUCCAGCCAACACACCCAGUCAGUCGGCAGUCUGCUUGACCCAGCUCUGUCGCGACCAACUGAACGAAAGAGGCUCCUGGCCGGUGAUCGCACCCCAUCGCCUCGUCCGACUCAUCCCCCACCCACUGUCCCAACUCCCACCAAGACCUUUUACACUUCCAAGGCCACGCCUGGAAGCAAGGAUUCUCUCUGCAUACGCAGUGACAGUUUGCCUAAUGCUUCGGAUUCUGAGUCAGUGAGUUCACACGGUUUUCUUGCCCGCGAACUGGUCAGCAUCAUGGCAUCCAUUUCGAUACCGAAUAUUUUGAAGACCAGCACGACUUCUGUAGACGCUGCCGAUGAUGUGGCAGCUGGCGAUACCGCCGGAUCCGCUGCAGUGAAGGAUGGAGCCGACAACGAGGACAAUCGUCCUCAUUUGGCCGCCUCCUCCAUGCCUUCCCUGGUGGCUGGCUGCCGCCGUCGUCGUCACACCACAGAAGGUGCUGGUUUUUGUAGAGGUCUGCCACAGGACCGACUUGCACCCCCCUCACCAGCAGCCUAUCAGGCCUCGACACCGGCCUUCACUAAACAGCAACAGCAACAACAACCGAUGUAUGCCGACUCCAGCGGUUAUCUGACUAGUCAGAAGCCAACCGAAUCUGACCUUGUGGUAACUCAAAUUACGGUCGAUCCGGAAGAAUUUUCUUACACGCCAUGGCCUCCUGCACAUGGCUCCUUCCCCGGGCAAGACAACACGGAACUCUCCAAGUCUUAUAACUUUGCGACGGUCAAACAGUCUUCUCUACAAGCCGAAGAACUGUUGCCUUACUCGGACUCUCCGACGCCGGUGAACGCCUCCCUUGAGACCGUUUUAGACGGACUCUGUGAUGUCGAAGCCUUCUAUGAAUCCUCCGUCCAAGUAUUGAAUUCACCAUUGCUUCUUAAACAAUGUUUCGGAACUGAUAUCCGACUGGAGUGCCAAAACACAUUACCAAGGGUAGGCUUAAAGUGA